UUGGCAACGCAGCGGAAAAAAAAUAUAUCAGUCACGAAUGUGCCCGGGCUCUUGGAAGGACAUGAAUAUUUAUUAAAAUUCCUAAAUUAAUGCUACAAUAAAUCUCCGCACAAGGACCAUUUUGGAAAUUUGGGAAGAGGCUGGCUAAUAUGAGCAAACCGAGUAAGCUAACACGCUAGCAGUGGUAUCGGUCCUGUUUGGGUCUACUGAUAUUUAACAGCUGGAUGAUGUGGCUCGUCUCAGUGGCACAACAAGCUAACCAGCUAACGUCCACCAACGGGUCACCUGAAGUUCUGGUGAUGGACUCUACGAGGAAUAAUUGAAGAGGCAUGGAAAGUAACUGGGCUGUAAUUUCGGCAGCGGGGUUCUUGGGUUAUUUACAGCUGAAUACCCUUAGUGAAGGAUUAGCUCGUUUUCUACAAGACAUGACGACAUUUGCACCGUGCAGCUGCCCCUCUCUCGGGCAUCGGUGAUGCUGUGGAUCGCUGGACAAAUGCCCCAGGGACCCAAGCUGCAUUACAAACCAUGAAAAACUGCGAGUAUCAGCAAAUUGACCCGCAGGCACUUCCAACUCCGACCCCGACCCCUCCACCUCAUCUUCAUGGAGACGACAGAAAUAAGAGAGAGGAGCCGAAGAGACCGAGGAGAAAGUGGGAAGUUUUCCCCGGAAAGAAUCGCUUCUACUGCGAUGGACGGAUCAUAGUGGCCCGACAGAGUGGGGUCCUGCCCCUCACUCUGGGCCUUAUCCUCGUUACAUGUGGAUUAUUCUUUGUAUUUGACUGUCCCUUCCUGGUAAAACAUCUGACCAGCUGCAUACCUUUCAUUGGAGGAGGCUUGUUUGUAUUUGUGCUCAUCACCCUGCUCCAGACCAGCUUCACUGAUCCCGGCAUCCUUCCCAGAGCAACACCAGAUGAGGCUGCAGAGAUUGAAAAACAGAUUGACAUCACUGGUAACAGCAGCUAUCGCCCUCCACCGCGCACAAAGGAGGUCCUCAUCAACCAGCAGGUGGUUAAGUUAAAGUACUGCUUCACCUGCAAGAUGUUCCGACCCCCGCGCACCUCCCACUGCAGCCUGUGUGACAACUGUGUGGAAAGAUUCGACCAUCACUGCCCUUGGGUGGGAAACUGUGUGGGAAAACGCAACUAUCGUUUCUUCUACACCUUCAUAGUGUCCCUGUCCUUCCUCACAGCCUUCAUCUUUGGCUGUGUGACCACACACCUUGCACUAAGGGCUCAAGGAGGGAAAGGCCUGGUGUUUGCUCUGCAGGAGAGUCCUGGCAGUGCUGUGGAGCUGGUGAUCUGUUUCUUCUCAGUCUGGUCCAUCUUGGGCCUCUCAGGCUUCCAUACAUAUCUUGUUGCUUCCAAUCUCACCACCAAUGAAGACAUAAAAGGCUCCUGGUCAGGAAAGGGUGGGGAAGAUGUCACAAACCCAUACAGCCAUAGAAACAUCUUUGUCAACUGCUGCACAGUGCUCUGUGGACCCAUGCCGCCCAGCUUGAUCGACAGACGAGGUUUCCUGCCCUCGGAUGAAUCAGCACAGACUGCGAGUGUGGACAUUGAGCCGCCCACUCAGGCCACUAAAAGCGAGAUAAAUGUGUGCACACAGGGAACUAAAGGUCUGCUGGAGUCGGCCACGCGCUCUCCACUCAUCUCCACCUCAUGUCCUCAGGGGAAACCUCAGACAGCUCAUACCUGCCCUGACACUGGCCCUGCACUGAACUCCGAUCCCUCACCUGAGAUCUCCACGAGCUGCGGGGCCCGUCAUACCGCCAGCUCUCGCAGAGAUCACUCUCCGCCACAUCAUACCAAGACUCGCUCAAAGAAAAGCAAACGAGAAGCUUUGCAUAUUCCCAACCCAGCCUUCGAUGUCCCCGUCUCCCCUACCUCUCUGGACACUGACCCCAGCUCCAAACCCAGGGGCCACAAAGGUGCCAGCUUUGCCCCUUUGCACUGACUUUGUUUGAAGCUUGCAUGCUGUAAAACAGUCAUGAAGUUGUAUGAAUUUAUUUUUAAUAUUAUUUAUUGGUUUCUGAAACUGCUGAGUCCGUCAUUGUGAACGAGGAUGACAAUCACAAAGAUUUCUAACUGUGAUGAGUUUGUUGUUGAAGUAGACUGGAUGACUUUUAUUUAGAGAAUUCAGCUGGAGACACUGAUAGAGCCAUAUGUCUUUCUGAUGAUUCUCAUGUAAAUUAGGAAGUCUACCAGCAUGCCAGGUACAUCAAAUAUUUUAAAACAUUGGAUUUGAUGUACAAAAUACCAACUAUGGGCUACAUUUGGAUAAAAGAGCUCAGAAUUUGUCUCUGUCAGUCAAGGUGAAGUCCAUCCAAAACCUACAGAACUCACAUGUGGUAUUUCUAUUUCUGGAGCUGUUUAUAGCAUGAACACGAGCCAGUUUCCUCCUUAAGCUGAACAGCAGAGGGACAGUUUGCUCUGAUGAUGUCAGUUACACAGAUAGGCGGUGAAUAAUGGAAAAAGUUAAAGCAUUCAUGGAGCUCCUCCAUGAACAUGGGAUGUUUCCAUUCAUACCUUAAAGCCUGCAUUAAUACUGAAGAUCUUUGUCCAAAGCAAGUGGAAACUGCAGGUAGAGGUGCUGGCAAAAUCAAUUCAUGACAGACUUAAAAACAUUCUUUAUUUCAUUACAAGUACAUUUUUAACAGCAAACAGUUUGAGCACAGAAAAGACACAGAUGGAAUUUAGUCCAUGCACCGUCUCCAACUUCAGGUGCAUCUGCAAAAUAUUGAAUACCAUCAAAAAGUUUAUUUUUUUCCUGUAAUUUGAUUCAAGAAGUGAAACUUCCAAAUAUUCUACAGCCAUCACUAAAAGAAAUAUUUCUAUAAUUUUUGUUUUAAUCUUGAUGAUUAUGGUUUACAGCUCACAAAAUUCAACAAUCCACUAUUUCUAAAUAUUGCAAUAUCACACAACACCAGUCUGAAUAAAAAAGAUUUAUAACAAGGAAAUGUUCCUUCUGAAAGAUUCUUCUCAUUUAUGCAUUCAGUAAUUGGCUAGAGCUCCUUUUGCACAAAUUUCUGCAUCUAUGUGAUGUGGCAUUGAGGCAAUCAGUCUUAGUCUCUGCUGGGGUGUUAUGAAGCCCAGGUUGCUCUGAUAGCAGCCUUAAACUUGUCUGUAUUGUUGAGUCUGGUGUCUCCCAUCCUCCUCUAUACUCCAGAUUCUCUAUGGGGUUCAGGUCAGUCCAGUUGGCUGGCCAAUCAAACAUAGUAAUACCACAGUCAGCAAAUCAGCUUCUUGUGGCUUUGGCUUCACUGUGGUCAGGUGCCAAGUCCUGCUGGAAAAGGAAAUCGGUAUGUCCGUAAAGUUUCUCAGCAGAUGGAAGCAUGAAGUGCUCUAAAAUCUCCUGGCUGACUCUGGACUUGAUGAAACACAGUGGACCAACAGCAGCAGAUGACAUGGCAUCCUAAACCAUCAUUGUGGAAACCAUAACAGUGGAUUCCAUGCACCUUGGAUUUUGUGCCUCUCUAGUCUUCCUCGAGACUUUGGUACCUUAAUUUUCUAAAGAAAUUAAAGAUUUACUUUUAUCUGAAAACAGGACAUUAGACCACUGAGCAACAGUCCAGUUCUUUUUCUACCCAGCCAACGUGAGAAGCUUAUAAUGUCUGUGGUUCAGGAUUGGUUCAACACUAAGGACACAACACUUGCAGCCCAUUUCCUGAACCCGUCUGUGUGUCCAUUGACUCCAGCUUUAAUCCACUCCUUGUGAAGCUCCUCUGAGUUAUUGAAUCUGCUUUAUUUGGCAAUCCUCUGAAGGUUGUGCCAACAGCUUUUGCUUGUUCACCUUUUCUUACCAUACUUUUCCAGUCAACUUUCCAUUAAUAUGCUACACAGCACCCUGAGAACAGCCUGUCUUUUCAGCAAUGGUCUCCUGUGGUUUACCCUCCUUAUGGAGGGUGACAAUGUUUGUGUUCUGAACCAGAGUCAGGUCAGCAGUCUUCCCCAUGAUUGCAGUUGUGUGUACUAGUGUGAGAGAAUGAAGGUUCAGGAAAUCUUUGUGAAUUGGACUUAUCUAUAAUAUCCUAAUAUUUUGAGAUACUGGAUCUUAGAUUUUCAUGAGCUAUAAACUGUAAUUUUCAAGAUUUAAAAAAUGUGAAGCUAAAAAUGUUUUUUUUUUUUUUAUAUCAUACAAGGCAACUGUUUGAGAAAUCCCACAUUUGGCUUCUGUUUUGGAUGGAUUUUCCCUUUAACUUGGCACACAGAGAAAAGAAAGAUAAAUGUGUAUCAGUUGUUUCAGUGUUCAGAUUUCUGUUCUUUAUAGAUGGCAGGGAAUGCAUCUGCAUGAUAAUGACUAAAGAUAUAAUUUAUGUUAUUAUUUUUUUACAUCCACUCUGAUGUCACUAAUACACCUGAGAGGUCCUUUAAGUUGGAACGAUGUAAUUUGGAUUCCUGAACAUGUUGUAAACCCAAGAUGAGGAAGUAUUGCUCAUUACCUGUGCUUCUCCACUUCAUGAUGUGUUAGCAUUAUCGGCCCACGAUGAUUUAAAUCCAUCUUACAUAUCCAGCCCUCUCUCCACCAUUAAUACCCACGCUCAUCUGUUUUUUUUUUUUUUUUUUUUUUUUGUAUUCUUCGACAUA